CCCGACGCAGUCAAAGCAGCGCAUUACAUCCAACAGCUCGACGAAGCGCGUUGCGAUGACAACUGGGAUGCCGUCCCCGAGCUAGUCCGCAAGGUGCGGAAACAUGCCCCUGAACGAGCCUGUACGUUCUUCUUCUUUUCUCUCUCCCUCUCCCCAUCACCAAACUCAUGCUCACCCAUCCUUCCUCCCCCCCCCCCAGGCCUCUCCCAAUCAGCAACAACCGAACACUCCAUCAUCAAAGCCUCGGUCAAAUCCACCCCCGACACCACCGCCUCCUCCCUCGAAGCCGCCUCCCAACUCCCCGCCCUCCUCACCGUCAUCGAAAACGAACAAACCCACCCCCAAGACCGCUUCCAGGCCCGCGUCUGCGCCGGCUGGUUACACUGGGUGCUGAGAGAAUACUCCCUCGCCCUUGAGCGCCUCCCCCGAUCGUUCGACGAAGAGUUCCCCACCACCGACGCCGCAGUCGAACCGUCAGAAUGGACCAAAGUCUGCGCCUUGAAAACGGCCUAUCUGAGAGCAAACUGUCUAGCGCGCGACGGACAACGCAAGGGUGCCCUCGAAGCCUUCGAAAUCGCGUUGCCGAGUCUGAACACUGUCUGGAAUGCCACGCCAGGAGGGCCAGCGAGACAGCAGAUACGAUACUGGGCCGAGUUGUUCCUCACCGAGUAUUGCAUGUUGGCUAGCCAGGCUACGAGGGAGGGGGAGAAGUCACUCUCGGAGGGGAACUGUCUCUCUGGGUUUAGAACUUGGGCAAGAUACUGGGCUGGCGCUGCCAAGGGCGUGGCGGUCGCGGCGCAGGAUCAGGCCGGUAUUUCGGGGGCGGGGGGAUAUGGGUUCCGGGGAUCGGUGCCUAGGAGGCAGGUCUGGAGCGAGUAUUACUCUGCCUUGUCCGAGAUUCUGCAGCGGGACUUGGCUUACCCCCCCUUUGGGGUUACGGUGCCGGUGUCGAAUGGGGAGACCAUCAGUGCCCGCGCACAGUUGAGAGCGGAACUCAAGAAGGUGGAGACCAUCUAUCAGGGUCUGCUGUUUUCGGAGACCAAGUUCCCGAGGGCAGAUGAGGAAAGGCAAGAGGUGGAAGAGUUUGUGGCGAGGGUGAUGAGGAAUUGGACUAUUUUGAAUGGGAGGGGCUGGAAGGAGCAUGAUCUGGGGGCGGGGGGGAGGGAUAGUUUGAGCAGAGGGACGCUGGACACAUUGUACGGCGCAGCGACAAAGACGUAUCAUUCUACGGCGAUACUCAGGCAUCUGUUUACGGUACAUUUGGCAGUGGCAGAGUUUGAUUUGGCGUUUGUGUCGUUUGACAGCUGGUUUGAGCUGGUGAAGAAGGGGAAGGCGAGGGUGGAGAAGACGGGCCAUAGGGAGCCGGCGCUGGAUGACAAUGCGACGGUUUUGGAGACCAUCUCUGCGGCCGUUGCGGCGCUGUGCAGAUAUGGUGGACGGGAGUCGGCGGAUAAGGCGAGGAAGAUUUCGGAAGAGCUGGAGGGGCUGGUAAAGAAGUGGGGGGAACUGGAUCCGGAGAGCGCGGACCCGAGGGACUUGGUGCCGCCGAGGUCGAUGGCGCUGGCGUGGCAGAGUAUUGGGUUGGCGAAUGCGCAGUGGGCUAGGAUGACGUACGAGUCGGAAUCGAGGGCCGCCUUUCAGGAGAAGGCGAUCCAGUGUUUGCGGUGGUCUCUGUCACCCGAGUUUGGGAGUGUGGUUGAUGUGAGGGGGGUGUUUGCGUUGGGUGUUUUGUACGCGGAGCAGAGAAAGUUGUCUGUGGCUAUUGAGCUGGUCAAGACGGCGCUGCUGGCGGACAAGGCGGUGCAGGAGCUUGAGGAGCUGCAUAAUGGGCCUUACUGGAGGGAAAGAUCGUUGAUUCCGCUCUGGCAUCUUUUGGCGCUUAUGUUGAGCGCACGUCAAGACUAUGUCUUGGCUGCGCGGGCGUGUGAAGGUGCCAUUGAGCAGUUCAAGGAUCCGAUCGUCUUGUUUGGCAGCAGGGACCUCAACGGUGGCUUCAGGAGUGAGCACCUUAAUGAGGCGGCUGUUGAAAAGGCUGGCGGUGAUGGCAUCGUGGACGAGAUGGACGACUUCGAGAAGGAGAGCAUUCUGGAGAUCAAGAUGACCCAGCUUGCCAUUCUGGAACUCGUUGAAGGUCCUACCGUGGCUGUCAACGCCAGCACUGAGCUGCUCACGCUGUUCCCCAGGCUGUUUGGCGAUCUCGGCGAACCGACACUGGAAAUAUCAAAGGUCGAGCCUCCCAAGACCAUGGCCACGAUGCGCAGCUUCAGAGAUAGUAUGUUUGGCGGUCGCGCAGCCAAGGGUCACCAACCACGGCAGAGCGUGGCAACCUCCAGGCCACAAACUGCCAACACCACGCUCACUCAGCAGACCAGCAGCGAGACGGCCAUUGACGUGCAGCCUAGCCGCAGGUCUCUGAGGUCGGGCAGUCUUAAUGGUAGGAGCAGGAACAGCCUCCGGAAAAGAGAUCGGAGCGGCAGCCGGCAACGCGCCGUGAGUAGCGGCCCGCCAGUCCCGCCUCUCAAUGGAGAUAAAUACCAGCCUACCUUUGAGGACCCCAGCAGCCCGCAGCAUUUCACUUAUGCCAGCAAGACUGUGGCCGGGACACUGAGACCAGAGACGACAAACUCGUCCGCUUUGUCGAAGCGGACGACGGAUGGACCUUCGGAGGUGGGCGUCGGAACAGGGACCCUGGAAAGUUUCUCACCUCUGUUGCCCUUUGUACAAUUCUCCCAGGAGCACAGCAAGAGAAAAAGAAAGGGCAUUCUCGUCAAGGUCUGGCUUACUAUUGCGGGGUUUUACCGACGGGCUGGUCUGCUUGACGAUGCCCAAAAGGCCAUUGAGGAAGCACAGAAGAUUGUACAGAGCUUUGAGGGCGAUGUAGUCAGCGAUACCUCCGGAGCACUGAACACCAGGACGGCGGGAUGGGGCAUGGAGAAGAGUGUUGAGGCUGUUUUGGCUGAUGUCUGGACCGAGGGAGAACUCUCUCUCGCCCUGGAAAGACCUUACCAAGCCCGCGCCGACUUUGAAACAGCUUUGACGCACUUCCCCGACCACCCUGUCGCCAUCGUCGGGCUCUCGAAUAUUCUUUUGGAUAUCUGCUCGGAGAAGCUUCUCCCACCCCCGGCAGUCCCCGGCCUUGACCUUGGCGGCGCAUCCCUCGUCUCUGAACCACAUGAAGACCACCAACUCAUCGCCUCCCCGCCAAGCCGGUUUCCUGAACUGCCGUCUGAACCCCUCGGUCUUGGUUCGCCUAAACAUAAGACUGCAAGCAGGAAGCCGGAUCGCGAAGCGGUGUUUGACCACGAGGAAGAGGAUGAAACCGCUAACGGGGUUUCCAAGGCAUCGCCGUCGAGGCUGCUAGGCCCGCAGCUCCCGCCGCCGUAUAAAGCGACCAGUGUACCGCUUAUUGAUCGGUUGGCAGCGAGAGACAGGGCGUACGGGCUUUUGAGCGGGCUGACGAAGUUGGGGUCGGGGUGGAAUUACUCUGAGGCGUGGUUCGCGCUGGCGAGGGCGUAUGAGGAGAGUGGACAGGCGGAGAAGGCGGGGGAUGCGUUGUGGUGGGUUGUGGAACUGGAGGAUGGGAUGGGGGUGAGGGAUUGGGGGGUUGUUACUGCUGGUGGGGGGUAUGUUUUGUAG